AUGCUCACAGAAAAGUGUUUGGGAUUUGUUUAUUCUGGACUAUGUCUCUGGGCAUCCUUGUUCCUGUCUUUCUUUAAAGUCUCUCAGCAGGGCGAAAGCCAGAGACGCUUGUACAGAGAACUGCUGAGAAACUACAAUCGUCUUGAACGACCAGUAGUGAAUGACUCCCAACCCCUUGUAGUCGAGCUCCAGCUUUCUUUGCUGCAGAUAAUUGACGUGGACGAGAAGAAUCAGGUGCUGAUCACAAAUGCUUGGCUGCAAAUGUACUGGGUUGAUGUUUACUUGUCUUGGGAUCAGUAUGAAUAUCCAGGGGUGCAGAACUUGCGAUUUCCAGCCGACCAGAUUUGGGUACCAGACAUUCUUCUGUAUAACAGUGCGGAUGAAAGAUUUGAUGCGACAUUUCACACAAAUGUGCUGGUGAAUUACUCUGGAUCCUGCCAAUAUAUUCCUCCAGGCAUUCUGAAGAGCACAUGUUACAUUGAUGUCCGCUGGUUCCCCUUUGAUGUGCAGAAGUGUGAUUUGAAGUUUGGCUCCUGGACUCACAGUGGCUGGUUGAUUGACCUGCAGAUGCUCGAGGCUGAUAUUUCCAACUACAUCUCAAAUGGAGAAUGGGAUUUAGUGGGUGUCCCAGGAAAGAGGAAUGAGAUAUACUAUGAAUGCUGUAAAGAACCAUACCCAGACGUGACGUACACCAUCACCAUGCGCCGACGCACCCUCUACUAUGGCUUGAACUUACUCAUUCCCUGCGUUCUCAUAUCUGGCUUGGCACUGCUUGUUUUCCUUUUGCCUGCUGAUUCAGGGGAGAAGAUUUCUUUAGGUAUCACUGUCCUGCUUUCCCUGACUGUAUUCAUGCUGCUUGUGGCUGAGAUCAUGCCUGCAACUUCUGACUCAGUCCCACUAAUAGCUCAGUAUUUCGCUAGCAUCAUGGUCAUCGUUGGUCUGUCUGUGGUGGUAACAGUGCUGGUUCUGCAGUUUCACCAUCAUGACCCACAAGCAGGAAAGAUGCCCAAAUGGGUCCGUGUGAUUCUGCUGAAUUGGUGUGCUUGGUUUUUACGUAUGAAAAAACCUGGGGAAAAUAUAAAGCCCCUCUCUUGCAAAUACAGCUAUUCCAAGCACCAUCUGAGUGUAAACAGCAUGGAGAUGAAUGUCCUACCUGGGCACCAGUCCAGCAAUGGCAACAUGAUCUAUAGCUACCAUGUGAUGGAAAAUCCAUGCUGCCCGCAGAAGAAUGAUCUGGGUGGCAAGAGCGGAAAGAUUACUUGCCCCUUACCAGAAGAUAUUGAGCUUGUUCAAAAGAAAGCUUUAAUGGAUAUUAUUCCAGUGAUUGUGAAGAUUCUGGAGGAAGUUCAGUUCAUAGCAAUGCGCUUCCGGAAACAAGAUGAGGGUGAAGACAUCUGCAGUGAGUGGAAGUUCGCAGCUGCUGUCAUAGACAGAUUAUGCCUGGUUGCAUUUACCCUUUUUGCCAUCAUUUGCACGUUUACAAUUCUCAUGUCUGCUCCAAAUUUUAUAGAAGCUGUUUCAAAGGAUUUUGCAUAA